AUGCUUUCGUUGAGAAAUUUGAAGGUCUCGACCACCAAGAGACUGCUCAGCAGCUCGAACCGUGUGAUGCGUGCCGUGGGCACGUCUGCAGACGUAAAUGGCUCGAGUUCGGCUCCUUUUGGCGGGAAAUACCAAGUAGUGGACCACGAAUACGACUGUGUCGUGGUGGGCGCCGGUGGAGCUGGUCUAAGAGCAGCUUUCGGGCUUGCCGAAGCCGGCUACAAGACUGCCUGUAUUUCCAAGCUUUUCCCAACCAGAUCGCACACCGUAGCUGCCCAAGGUGGUAUCAACGCUGCUCUGGGAAACAUGCACAAAGACGACUGGAAAUGGCACAUGUACGACACCGUGAAGGGCUCUGAUUGGCUCGGGGACCAGGACUCCAUCCACUACAUGACCCGUGAAGCCUCGGACUCGAUCAUCGAGCUGGAGCACUUCGGUGUGCCCUUUUCCAGAACCGAGGAGGGCCGCAUUUACCAGCGUGCCUUUGGGGGUCAAACCAAGGAGAACGGUAAAGGUGGACAAGCGUACAGAACCUGUGCCGUCGCAGACAGAACAGGACACGCCCUACUGCACACGCUAUACGGCCAGGCUUUGAGACACAACACCCACUUCUUCAUCGAAUAUUUCGCCAUGGACUUGCUGGUCCACAACGGCGAAGUCGUCGGUGUGAUUGCCUACAACCAAGAAGACGGUACAAUUCACAGAUUCAGAGCCCACAAGACCGUCAUGGCUACCGGUGGUUACGGACGUACUUACUUCUCUUGUACCUCCGCCCACACCUGUACCGGUGACGGUAACGCUAUGGUGUCCAGAGCUGGUUUCCCACUACAAGAUUUGGAAUUCGUUCAAUUCCACCCAUCUGGUAUAUACGGUUCUGGCUGUUUGAUCACCGAAGGUGCUCGUGGUGAAGGUGGUUUCUUGGUCAACUCUGAGGGUGAAAGAUUCAUGGAACGUUACGCUCCAACCGCCAAGGAUCUGGCCUGUAGAGACGUGGUUUCUCGUUCCAUCACUAUGGAGAUUCGCGAAGGUAGAGGUGUUGGGCCUGAAAAGGACCACAUGUUUUUGCAAUUGAACCAUUUGCCAGCCAGUGUGUUGAAGGAAAGAUUGCCAGGUAUCUCUGAAACCGCAGCCAUUUUCGCCGGUGUUGACGUCACCAAGGAGCCAAUUCCAAUUUUGCCUACUGUGCACUACAACAUGGGUGGUAUUCCAACCAAAUGGUCUGGUGAAGCCUUGACUAUUGACGAAGAAGGUAAAGACAAGAUCAUUCCAGGUCUGAUGGCCUGUGGUGAAGCCGCCUGUGUUUCUGUCCACGGUGCUAACAGACUAGGUGCCAACUCCUUGUUGGACUUGGUGGUGUUUGGUCGUGCUGUGGCCCACACUGUCGCUGACACUCUACAGCCUGGUCUACCUCACAAGCCACUACCUGCCGAUCUCGGAAAGGAAUCUAUUGCUAACCUAGACAAGAUAAGGAACGCCUCUGGCUCCAAGCCAACCUCCGAAAUCAGACUAGCGAUGCAAAAGGCCAUGCAGAACGACGUUUCUGUUUUCAGAACCCAAGAAUCCCUCGAUGAAGGUGUUAAGAAUGUGACCGCUAUAGAUAAAUCCUUCGCCGACGUCCGUACAACCGACAGAUCUAUGAUCUGGAACUCGGACAUGGUGGAAACUCUAGAGCUACAAAACCUGUUGACCAAUGCUCUCCAAACUGCUGUCUCUGCCUCCAACAGAAAGGAAUCUCGUGGUGCUCACUCCAGAGAGGACUACCCAGAGAGAGACGACGUGAACUGGAUGAAGCACUCGCUCUCGUGGCAAAAGGAACCUCAAGGAGACGUCGAAUUAAACUACAGAAAUGUCAUCAACACAACUUUGGACGAAAAUGAGUGUCCGGCUGUCCCACCAACUGUGAGAGCAUACUAA